AUAUUUUAGAAUUAUUACUGAAUUUGUUUUUAUGUUAAUCUGAAUUAGCUGAGGUAGAGUUCUCAAUUAGGGACGGAGAAGAAUUGAAAUUCCUACUCUAGUCCGUAUUACUCUGAUUUUUAGAGAAAGUAAGAUGGCCGUUUCAGCUGCUAGUCCUGCUACAUUAGCUCAUCGUUUUCUGCCACGAAAUUGCGAUCGCAAAAGUGUGCAAUUUUACUCUUUAGUGAAGUAUCCACCGCGAAGAAGGGCCAUUUUCUGCAAUUUUGAUGCGAUUGAAUUUGAAGAAAGAAUGAGUCCCAACGAGGUCAAGAAAGAAAUGGAGCAAUGUUAUGAACUGAUACAUAGGCUUGGAAGGGGUGUUGUGUAUUUGGGCUCUUCAAGGGUGGGUCCUGACCAUCCUCACUACACACACGCAUUUGAAUUGGGAAGAGAGGCAAGUUUUUACUCCUCCGUCUUCACCAAGAUACAACCUUUCAAAUUUAUUGAAGUACAACGGUAGAGGACACCAACACACAAUUUUUAAAACUCAGUAAAGUACAAUGGUUGAAAAUCAUCAUUUUGAAAUGUUUUUAAUAUUUACAGGUUGAUUUUAACAAACUUGUGAUAUUUUUUACUAAGAAAAGCGUAACAUAGAAAAGAUUUCUUAAAUAUUACUCCCUCCGUCCCAUAGAGAGGUUCCUUAUUCGGUUUACGAUGCUUGAUCAAGAAAAUUUAAAUUUGAUAUAUAAAGCAAAAGAUUAAGAAUGAUUUAAUUGACCAUGUGAAUAUUGGUUUGGAACCUUUGAAUGGGACGGAGGUAGUACUAAGCAGCUACCUCAUUGGAAAAAUGUCAAUUUUUAACAUUAGGGCAAAAGUGCUACCAAUGCAGUUACCAACUGUUAAGUAGCAGUGACCAAAUAUUGUUGCACUCAUCAUCACACAGCCCGCCAAUCACAGUUUCAUUUUUGUCCAAAAAAUUAAAAUUUAUAUUUUGUCCUAAAAUUAAAAAUUAACAUAUUUUGUUGUAAAAUAAAAAAUUAACAAUUUAGUAUGAUAAAUAUGUAAUUAGAAUUGGGGUAAUUUGAGCUUGCACCCCAUAUUAUUGUCUAAAUUGGACUUUGCACCCCGUUUUUAAAAAUCUUUGUUUUUGCACCCCAACCCCAUAUGAAAAGACUAAAAUGCCCCUCCAUUAACAAUUUUGUUGACCUUCAACAUAUUUCUGAUUGAGGGCAUUUUUGUCUUUUCACAUGGGGAUGGGGUGCAAAAACAAAGAUUUUUAAAAACGGGGUGCAAAGUCCAAUUUAGACAAUAAUAUGGGGUGCAAACUCAAAUUACCCCAAUUCUAAUUACAUAUUUAUCAUACUAAAUUGUUAAUUUUUUAUUUUACAACAAAAUAUGUUAACUAGGAUCCUUUUUGGGACAAAAUAAGGUUUCAGAUGGAAUCUUUUUUGUGGGGUUGCUGAUCACUGAUGGAGUAUUUAUUUGGUGUAAACCAUUUUUGUUUUCACUUGAUGAAAAAAGAAACAAGGGAAUGGGAAAGUUUCAUAUUAGGCAUUGCCAUGUAUGAAAUGCUUGCAUUUGUAGGCAUUUUUAAGGAUAUCUAUUCCCUAAAUUUCAAACAUUUGAGUUCUUAUUGGAGCAGGUCGCCGCCCUUUUAGAUUGUACGUCAUGGUCGGGGGUCGGACCAGGCCUUAUGGAUGCUGUGACACAAGGUGCCCUACAAGCUGGAAAGGCGGUUGGUGGAUUUAGGAUAGGUAAAGAAGCUGGGGAGUGGACAGCAACCAAGUUUCAUCCAUACUUGCCAUCAGAAACAUACCUCACUUGCAGGUUUUUCUCUGCAAGGAAGCAUGGGUUGGUGGACGCAGCUGUUAGAACUAGUAGCGGCAGCGGCUUGGAUAAGACAGCCGUGGUGGCUCUGCCAGGUGGAAUUGGCACACUGGAUGAAGUCUUUGAGCUUAUGGCAUUGAUCCAACUUGACCGGAUUGGUUCACUUCGCCCGGUUCCUUUUCUUCUGAUGAACUAUGAUUCCUUUUAUUCAAAGCUGCUCGACUUUCUUCAUGAUUGUGAGAAUUUUGGUACGAUCUCCCAUGGUGAGGCUGCAUCGUUAUGGAAAGUUUGUAACAACAACACUGAAGCUUUAACUUAUUUAUCUGAAUUCUAUGGCAUUAGCCAUUGACUAGGUUAUGUGCCAUAGAAUGAUAGAAAUACACUCAAAGUCAUGAUCGGCAGUGUUAUUACUGUUACUAUUAUGAUUGCUGGCAUUAGUGGCAUGUAUGCAUUAAAGCUGUUGAUGUUUUGUUCGUGUUUCUUAAUCCAAUCUAAGUAGGCGUUGGUGACAUUGAAAGUGUCAAAAUUUUAGAGCUAAUUAAUUAAUAUCUUAAAACUAAUUGAAUAUAAUUUCAUUCAAAAAGUGCAAUAACGUUUUAUUUUGAAUUUGCUUCUUAUAAGGGACCUCCUAAAACUUUGGCAUUAUGCUUUUUAUCGAGGACCUCUUAAGAAGAAAUAGUUAGAUGAAAAGUCUGGGCUCUAGCAUUAUCUCUGUUUUCUCCCUCUCAUGAAAAACAUCAUGAAAUAUAGGUGAUAUGUGAAACUGUGAAAGGUGUAAAGUUUAGAUGAGUGAUAAGAUCUUAACCAUCGAGACACUACUGAAAAAGCUACUGAAUAAUCAAGCAAAGGAAAGGAAGAGCAGAGAGAAGCAGCAGCCGACGAGCAGCAGUCUGCUCCUCACUCCUCAGCAACAACCAACCACUGAAGUCCCAGCCCCAUCUAGCUCUUCAGGUACUUAAAUCUCCCCUUCCUACUAUUCUUAGUUCUCACAUCUCCCCAGAGCUUGCAGCAAUAAGCCAAUAAGAGCAGCAGAUGACAAUCUCAUCCACGAGUUGAGAAUGAUCCCGGAAAAUGGCAGAAGACUUGCAGCUCUUAAGGAACAACACCAAUGAAGAAUCAGCCAACUUCCUAAAACAUUAUGACCAUAUAAGAAAACCAAUAGUGAAAUCAUUUCAAUAGUGCCAACACAGCUUCCUCAUCCCCGAUAACAAAAUCAAAAAUCUGACCAAGAUUGUGGACCAGACCUCCGCUCAGGCCCCAAUCCAAGCUAUCUGGAAGAAGAUAUCAAAGGGGGCCUUAAGAUUGAAGUCAUUGAUCUUAAACUUCAACUGGAGCUCCUAGCCGAAGAGCUGGAGCAGUAUGAUGCCAAAAGGUGGGAAGGAAGCUCGAGACCAUCUGCAUCUCAAAUUAAAGGGACAUGGCAGAAGGGUCCAUGGAAGAAGCCUGAUUUCAGCUAAAUGACCAGAGGAGAGAAGGCUUCUUAUACAAGAAGAAAUCUGGAAAUACAAAUUGGUGAACAAGCAGCUAAAAAGAGGAAAGCUGGAGAAGUUAAGGCAGCUGAAGAAGGGAAUCAGCAUGCUGGAAAAGAAAAACAAGGCAAGGACUCAGAUGAAUACUUCUUAGAUUAAGACUAGUCCUUUCUUUCUAUAAACUUUAAAAUUGUUAUACAUAAUUUUGGCAUUAUCAAAAGGAGAGAUUGUUAGAUCCCUUAGAGUUUGAUGAUGACCCUGUAUCAGACUCUAGCACUUUGGUUUUACGGAGUAUUAUUUUGUAAUGAUUUUGAUGCUUUAA